AUGGCUUCCUCUGCAAUGAUCCAACCGGGCUGCAGGCUGCACCAGAUGAGGAGCCCCGGGCGCCCUGAACCAUCCCGUGCAAGCUUCGCGGCUGCCGCCACGGUUAACGAGGCCGCCACAUCGCCGUCCAUCUCCGCGAGGGCGGGGACCGGAGCGCGGGCAAGCGCGCCGAUUGCCUCAGCAGCGAGGACGACGAGCACGCCGAGGAGAAGGACGGCAUCGGUCGCAAACAUGUGGAGGCAGGUCCAGGGGUCCCACGACUGGGACGGCCUGCUCCAGCCGCUGCAACCCGUGGUGCGCGAUGAGGUGGCGCGGUACGGUGAGCUCGUCGGCGCCUGCUACAAGGUGCUGGACGUGGACCCGUCGUCGGCGCGGUACAUGUGCUGCAAACACGCCAAGGAGCGCGUGCUCGAGGAGGCCGGCAUGGCCGGGGCAGGGUACGAGGUGACGCGGUACAUCUACGCAACGCCGGACGUGGCCGGGCCGUCCACUAGUGGCCGCGGCCACGGCCGCGCCAGCUGGGUCGGGUACGUCGCCGUGUCCACCGACGAGAUGACCCGGCGGCUCGGCAGGCGCGACGUGCUCGUCUCGCUGCGCGGAACGGUGACGCAGGCAGAGUGGGCGGCCAACCUCAUGAGCGCGCUGGAGCCGGCGCGGCUCGACGCGCGCCGGGACGUCAAGGUCGAGGCCGGCUUCCUCAACCUCUACACCUCCUCUCCCGGCGGCGGCGGCGGCAUGGAGAGCUGCCGGGACCAGCUCCUCCGCGAGGUGUCCCGCGUCAUCAAGUCUUUCUCCAAGGACAGACCCCGCGAAGACAUGAGCGUCACCCUGGCCGGGCACAGCAUGGGGAGCGCACUGGCGGUGCUGCUCGGGUACGACCUCUCCCAGCUUGGCCUCAACCGCGACGUGUCAGGGCGCCGCGUCCCCGUCACCGUCUUCUCCUUCGGCGGACCGAGGGUGGGGAACGCGGCCUUCAAGGACCGCUGCGAUGAGCUCGGCGUGAAGGUGCUGCGCGUCGCUAACAUCCGCGACCCGGUGACCAUGCUCCCGGGCGCCCUCUUCAACGAGGGCACGAGAGGGUUCAUCGCCUCCUGGGCCGCCGGUGACUGCUACACGCACGUCGGCGUGGAGCUCGCUCUCGACUUCCUUAGCCUCCGCGACCUGGGGAGCGUUCAUGAUGUCGGAGCGUACGUAUCGGCGAUCAAGGCCGAAGCCUGUGGCAAGGUGUCCAGGUCCGACAAUGCGGCGGCGGACAGCAGAGGCGUCGCCGUUCUCGCGAAGAAGGCGAUGGAGUUCAUCGGGAGCCAUCGCACCGCUGCUUUUGCAUGGCCAGAGACCGUUCUCGGCAUUGGCGGCGUGGUGCAGUCUCUCGGCUUGAUCUGACCGCUAGGACAGAAUUUUUUGUUUUAAACUGGUCAUUAAAAUUCUUAGGCUUCUUCUGAAUUGUUUUUGGAGGCUUAAUAAUCAGUUAGUCCGGGUGACAUCACAACCCUUUUUUUGCCUUUUGUCAAGGUUGUAGGGUGUGAUUAUUUAAGUUGUAAACUGUGAAAAAAAAAGACCGUGUG